CUUUGGUUGAUGACUGUUCAUUGACAGGAUGAUUGGCAGCAAAGAAAGCAGUUGAAGGUCGUAGGUGCGACCAUGUUUCUGUUUUUGCCGCCGAAUGAAAUAGGAUUAUGAAUCAAAAAUGGGCGGUUGUGGAGACAGCAUGCAACUGUGAAGGGCCCCAGGGUGCGUUGCUGGGAGUGACGGUGGGGACGCUCCGGCCGCCAUUCGACCCCGUUGCGGGUUGAGAUGGUGAUUUUGUUGGAUUAAAAUGGGUUUGGACAUGGAUCCCAUGUUCUUGGCCUGGAGUUAUUUCAGGAGGCGCAAGUUCCAGUCUUGCGCCGAUAUCUGCACGCAGCUCCUGGAGGAGAACGCUUAUGACCAGGCUGCAUGGAGCUUGAAAACACGAGCCUUGACAGAGAUGGUGUACGUGGAUGAAGUAGAUGUAGAUCACGAAGGAAUAGCUGAAGUAAUGCUGGAUGACAGUGCUAUUGCACAGAUUGCCCGACCUGGAACCUCUUUAAAACUCCCAGGAGUCAAUCAAGGAGGAGGUCCAAGCCUGGCCGUCAGACCCAUGUCUCAGUCUGGAAGACCCAUCACUGGGUUUGUAAGACCAGGCACCCAAUCUGGCAGGCCUGGCACUAUGGAGCAAGCAAUCAAGACUCCAAGAACUGCCUAUACAGCCCAACCAGUGACAAGUGCUUCGGGUAGAUAUGUUAGGCUGGGAACGGCUUCCAUGCUUACUAACCCUGAUGGACCCUUUAUUAAUAUAUCCAGACUAAAUCUAGCCAAAUAUGCUGGGAAGCCAAAUUUAGCCAAGGCACUAUUUGAAUAUAUAUUUCAUCAUGAAAAUGAUGUCAAAACUGCUUUAGAUUUGGCAGCACUUGCAACUGAGCAGUCUCAGUUUAAGGAUUGGUGGUGGAAGGUACAAAUUGGAAAAUGUUAUUACAGAUUAGGUUUGUAUCGUGAAGCAGAGAAACAAUUUAAAUCUGCAUUAAAACAACAAGAAAUGGUUGACACAAUACUUUAUCUGGCAAAGGUCUACAUUCGUUUAGACCAGCCAUUGACAGCUUUAGGCCUUUUCAAGCAAGGGUUGGACCGUUUCCCAGGGGAAGUUACACUGCUUACAGGAAUAGCUCGUAUACAUGAUGAAAUGAACAAUAUAGUAUCAGCCACUGAAUAUUACAAAGAAGUUUUAAAACAAGAUAAUACUAAUGUUGAAGCCAUUGCCUGCAUAGGGAGUAAUCAUUUUUAUUCUGACCAACCCGAGAUUGCACUGCGAUUCUAUAGGCGACUCCUCCAAAUGGGUGUUUAUAAUUGUCAGCUCUUCAACAAUCUAGGACUCUGCUGCUUUUAUGCACAACAGUAUGACAUGACUCUGAGUUCAUUUGAAAGAGCACUGUCCCUGGCUGUGAAUGAUGAAGAAGUUGCAGAUGUAUGGUAUAACCUUGGCCAUGUAGCAGUGGGAACAGGAGAUAUGAAUUUGGCCCAUCAGUGUUUUAAACUGGCACUGGCCAACAACAAUAAUCAUGCUGAAGCUUAUAACAAUUUAGCAGUCUUGGAGAUGCGCAAAGGGCACCAUGAACAGGCUCGGGGAUUUCUGCAGACAGCUGCAGCACUGGCUCCUCACAUGUAUGAACCACAUUAUAAUUUUGCUGCACUUUCAGAUAAGGUUGGAGACCUUCAGAGCAGUUAUGUAGCUGCGCAGAAAUCAGCAACUGCAUUUCCAGAACAUGUUGACACUCAACAAUUAAUCAAACAACUGCAGCAGCACUUUGCCAUGCUUUAACUGUAACCAAUCCUUAAUAACCUAUAUUGUUAAGAAAGCUACAUAAUUUAGUUUUUGUAUUUGUUUGCAGUAAAUGUAUUUACUGUAUGAUUUUGUUUUUACUUUGGAUAUACUGAGACCUGGUAUCAUCCUGUGCAUAUUAAAGACAAUUUGAGGCUAGAUUAAUGAGGAACAAGCUAGUUCAUUGCACAUGUGUAUGAUUUUUCUUUGUGCAACCAUCUGUAAGUUCAAAGGAGCAAAAAAACUGCUGGAGGAGCUCAGUGGAUCAGGUAGCAUUUGUAAAGGGAAAUGGACAGUCUUGAAAUGCCAACUGUGCAUUUCCCUCUACAAAUGACACACUAAGUUCCUCCAUCAGUUUGUUUUUUUGUUCCAGAUUCCAGCAUCUACAGUCUCUCGUCUCUUGUAAUUUCAAUGGGUUAUAAUGUACAAAAAUUUCAAACAUUAUCCCUCUCUCGGGUAUACUGGGGGGGAAAAAUCUAUGUAGUUAAGCUUCAUAACACAACUGCCUUGGGGAAAAAUAGCUUGCAGGCUCUGGUAGUGAGGCUAGCUGGCGUUAAGAGUUUAACUCAAAGUAGAUUUAAAAAAAAAUUAAGAGUCUGGAUGAAAACUCAUGAAAUGCAAUGAUAAUAAGGUUAAAAUUUGCAUACAAUGCUAUAUUCUAGAGGAACUAUUUAGCUUUUUAUAUAUUCAAAUCGCAUUUCAUGAAUUAUUUAUUGUUUAAAAGGUUUUUAAAGUGAUAUUUGAACCUAAUCUGUAGAGGAAAUUCUACAAUAACAACCAAAAUGAAGUCUA